AUGUUUGACAACUAUUUUCUGUUGUUUUAUGAUAUAUUUUUUGAAAAAGUCAGAGCGAAAUAUUGUGUUUUUAGAGAGAAAAACUAACAAAAAUUUUAGUUUCUGGUUAAAAAUAUCAUGGUAAAGAGUUUUCCAAAAAUCGAACAGGAGGAUAUAAUUUUUUCUGAGGACAGAGAUAAGUUUUGUUUCGAGAAUCUUGAUUUGCUAAAUUUAAGACUUUUUCCUUGCGAACGCUUGGAAAAUAAGAGAGAACGAAUUUGUAAGAGCAAUUUGACAAAUAAGUUAUUGGACAGAGGAUUAAGCCAAUCUAGACAUCGCCAUUCUUUGGAAAAAUCUGAGACCAGAAGUUUGGUCCCUAAUCUCACCAAAUUACCACAAGGUUAUGCUAAUAUCCAUUCUACAUCAUCGACAAUUCCUUCCGAAAAUUUGGUUCUUUUGUAUUCAAAACAACAGUUGCCUGAGUACGUAUCAACGGAACCUAUAACAGAUAAGGAUUUUCUUUUUCCCAGCAAAAAGAAGACACGAACACAAAUAAUUGACGUUAUAUCCGAGAAUAGAAUGCCAAAAUUCAACUCGCCGAAAAGUCAAGAAAACAGUGAUCAUUUCCCAUUUAAAGUCACACCCAGUGGAAACCUCAAAGUUGAUUCCUCACAAGUUGUUUUUACGUCAAAUAAAUUAAGUGUAUUAGUAGCUGACCCAAAGGUUACAAAAGUUAAUGUGUAUCCCGAAACAACAAAUUUUGGUAUAAAUAAUAAAAUGACCCAUGAACCUGAAUUAUCAAAAAAUUCUGCAAUGGACACCAUUAUGAGCCAGGCUGGGUUUUCGAGUUUGGGUACAUUAAUAGGCCAUACUCCAAUUAGAAGUGGUAAUAAAGAAGCUUCUGAAUACGAAAGCAAGCAAACUUCAGAAAUCUUAGAUCCUGAAUUAAAUCUUGGAAGGUUGGGUUAUAGCGGAACGGAUGACAUAUCUUGGCAAAAAGUAGCGUUACCCGAAAAGAAAAAUUUAUAUCUCGAAUUAUACUCACGAAUAACCAACUACACAAAUGCUGACUGUAAGGUAUAUAUUGAUAAUGAGGAGUUUAAUUGUCAUUUAAUAGUACUCCAGUGUUACUCAGAGUUAUUUGAUGCCUAUAUUGCAGUUAAGAAAGUAGAGCUGCCAUCGGACAAAUGUACCGCAACUUCCUUUGCAUUUAUCUACGAAUGGAUGAUUACUGGUGAACCUUCUUACCGGGAGCUUACAAGGGAUAACGUACUAGACAUUUUUAACAGCGCUAAAUAUCUCAAAAUCAAAGAUUUGGUAGAGCAGUGUUGGGCAUUCAUUGACCAUAACGAAGUUUUCUAUGAAGAUACAGCUUUUCUUUUAUAUAUGGAUGCCAAAGAGAAAAAUUUGAUCGAGGUAAGGGAGUUAAUGUUACCUCGGAUACAAGGAUUCUUUCUUAUGCUUGUCAGUUCUCAAAACUGGUUAGAGCUUGAAGUAGAAGACGUGAAGAAUUUUCUUAAAUCGAAUUAUAUUUGCGUAAACUGCGAAAUGGAAGUAUUUAUGUCAGCAGUGAGAUGGUUGAAGCACGACUGGGCAAACAGAGAUCGAUAUAAGUAUGAUUUGUUAGAUUGUGUGAGAUUCGGCAAUAUUGCCCCAUGGCAGUUAGUGGACAUUAAAAGGAAUCCUGAGAAUCCAGAUUUCCUGGAACUAGCCAAAGAUCCCAGAAUAUGUAAAAUGAUCGAUGAUGGGUUAGCUUAUGUGAUCAUAAAGUAUUGGUAUGGUCAAGAGAACGAUGACUUCCAGCACUGGAAUGCGGUGCUCGGACUUCAGGAACCACCACCCCGCAACUGGAGCGGUUCAGACAAAACAUACUUCACUUACAGGGAGUUUCUUAUUUAUCUGGACCAAUAUAGGCGUAACCAGUUAAUAGAAAAAAACAAGCCGAAAAUGUCUAACGACAAAGAAAGGGGUGACGCGAAAGAAACAUUAAGAAAACCUAUAAACAUAACUGAACAAGAUUCCCCAAGAGUGCCGACAAUGGAAGAAUUUUUGUCAAAGAAAAAAGUAAGUGGACAGCAACGGAAGCUAAAUAGAGUUAUUUCGAAGUCUAUGAUGAGUGUUCCUACAAUUUUAACGCCAAAUACUACAGAAAAACUAUCUGUAGAUUCGGAAUAUUGGACACAAAAGAAAAUAUAUGCUGCUCUAAUCAUUCAGAGGGCGUACAGGAGAUAUAAACGAAGGGAACUUAUAAAGAAAAUAAAAUCAGAGAACAAUAAAAAUAUUCAGAGCAACAGUAAAUCUUUAACCAACAUUCUUAAAAUGUUUCGUAUUUCAGAAAAGCAAAACAACGUAACCCAUACCAGAACAAUAAGAGACCUCACAGAGAAAGCAUCACUCUUCCACAAAACUAGAGAAACAGUGCUAGUCUUUGGAGGUUUUGAUCCACAUAGUUAUGAUAAUAGAGAAAGACUAGGUACAAAUAUUUACAGUUAUAUGCCUAUCAGAAAUCGUUGGGUAUGUGUAGGAGAAUUACCCGAAGCAAGACACAAUCACUGUACCGAGUUUUACAAGGGCAGAAUAUUUUUAGCAGGUGGAUGUGAUCCCACAAAAAGUAAUGAUGUGAGCAGUACUGUUUGGAGCAUUGAUCCAGUUACAAGAAAAUGGGCUGAAGAACCUUCAAUGCUUGAUUUCAGAAAAAAUUUUGGACUAGUAGGAUGUAAUCAAGGAUUGUAUGCUAUUGGAGGACAGGGGAAUGAUUUUCUAAUCUUAAGUUCUGUUGAAAAAUAUGAUGAUAAGAAAAAAUUAUGGAAGAGGGUAUCUUCCAUGCUAAGAGCCAAAGCAGGAUUUGGAUGUACAAAGUAUAGGCACAGCAUUUGGGUUGCAGGUGGAUUUGACGAAAAGGACAAUUGUAUUGAAAUAUUAGAUUCCGUAGAAACUUAUGACAUUAAAACUGAUCAAUGGACCCGAGUUCAAUACCUUUUAAGAUAUCCAAGAUGCUUUUUUUCUAUGAUUGUUUUGUCACAGAAAAUGUAUAUUAUUGGCGGAGCUAGAAAAGCUUCAGAAUAUGGCUCUUGUAGUACGGGAGACGUAGAUGUAUGGAAAGAAAACAAGUUGGAAUGGGUCAUGGUCACUAAUAUGAAUAUUCCCAGACAUGGACAUGCUGUUUCGUAUCUUGGCACACAAAUAUUGGUUGUAGGAGGUGUUACCUCCAUUUAUGGGAGAGCUCUAAAUAAUAUUGAAUGUUUCUGUUGUCAAAGAGAAACUUGGGUUCGAGGUUUAGGCUGUUUACCGGCUCCAUUAUCAGGGCACUCUAUGAUUACGUUGCCCCCAGCUUCUUUAUUAUAUUGUUAACAAAGAAAUAUUACGAGUUGAGAAUACGAAUGUUAUUUGAACAUAGAUAUUAUCAAAUUUUUAAGUACAUAAAAUUAAAAUAUUACAUUUUUUUUCUUUUUGACUGUUCUAAUCAUAGAUCACUAUAAAUCAAGUAGAAUUCUAUGAUCAAAUACUCUUCGUUCAAAUUAGUCAAAUAGAUGGCGCUAAGUAGAAAGUUGGAUUUACAGCAUACAAAUAAUUAUA